AUGGGUCUUUUUGAUGCGCAAUACAAACAAGACUUUGUGCUUGUAAACCAGGCCACACAGCCGGUGGAACUUGGGUCUGUGAAAGUGGAAAACGGCCAGGAUUUUAACAGAGAGUACCUUGGCGGGCUUUUGAAACCAUUGCUCUCGACCAAUCUUUACACUGUGGGGACAUUGUCCUCAUCCAUUGCCUCAGUCGAAGAGAAUUUCUCGCUUACUGGCGACCCGGUUUUACAGAGUGCGAAAGUGGUCGUGAAUAAGGAUAUCAAUGGUACCGCUAACGUGGAAAUUGGCUUGCCAACCGCGCAACAGAUCACCAACAAGCUUAAGUUGACCACCUCAACUAAUGAAUUGGGAGGUGGUAUUGGGUUGGGAUAUCUCAAUGGGAACGUUUAUGGUAACGGUGAAAAAUUGGCGAUUGCUGCGGGAGUUGACCAAUCUUUGGCCAACCAUUUUGCCAACCUUAGUUUUGCGGUGCCAGUUAAAAAUGCUCCUAGUUCACAACUUUUCUUCAACGGCGGGUCUAAUGGGACUAAUGGUGAAUUGAACAGACAAGUUACCAUGGGAUUGAACACCAGUCGGUUGUUGCUUUCCAAAAAAUAUUUCUACUCGUCAUUUGGCGGGAUCUCUAUCACCCAAAACAAAGUUGACGGCGAAGAGUUCAGCGGUAAAGGGUCGUUGGUAGGAAAUGUUGAAGUUUCUAAUUUGCAAACGGUUUCUGCAGUGCAAUUCCCAGUUAGUGGGACUCAGACACAAAUUUCCGGGGAGGUUAGUAAAAUCCUUGCCAACGAUGGCAGAAAUUUCUGGAAAGUUUUGAUGAAUAGUAAUUCUUUCUAUUCUUUCUGUAACAAAUCUGUGACUUUCAACUCUUCGUCCACGAUCGGACACGUUCAUAACUUGAAUGAUUCCACAGGUUUGCACCCAAGCGAUAAAUUAUCAUACGAUUGCCUCACUCCAGGGUUAUUACCAGCGUCACAUAUUAGUUUAUCAUCGGGUCAUGAAAAAAUCGAGGGUAGUUUCAUUGGCAGCCAUGCUUUCCGUGUCUUCACGAAAGUGCCGAUUUUCCAUCAAUACUUUGCGGACAGAGAAUCUGUUUUGAGAUUGCAAUUAUUUUUGAGAUCCGCUACGGUUGCUGAUUCAUUGAGCGAGUUCAAAUCGCACAAAUUAAGCUGUGACACCUUGAAAGGAUGCUUACAAGGCACUGUCAAUGUGAGGCAAUUAUUUGAUGAGCAUUCCAGUCAUGUUGGGGCUGGUUUAUUUUUCAGAUCGCAAUUUGCUAGUGUCGAUAUGGGUUAUAGCUUGCCAUUGGGAGACGCGAAGCUUGGACCAGUGGUUAAGCCAGGCUUCCACUUUAAUGCGUCUGUUUCAUUCAAUUAA